CCAGCCCAGAUCGUUUCCUCCCCACCUAACCACAAAUCCUAAGCUCCAUACCUCUAAUUCUUUCUCCUAGCCUCAUACCACCUCCAGAAAAAUGGGUUUCUCCUACAAGGUGGCCAAUGCCUCCGAGUACUUGGCCAUCACGGGCUAUGGCAUCCAAGACGUGAAGCUCGCCAAGAAGGGAUGGAUCAUGCCAGGCCAGUCAUGCACCGUCUUCGACGUCUCCCCCGUCAACUACACCUUCGAGGUACAGGCGAUGAGCGCCGAGAAGCUCCCCUUCGUCCUCCCUGCCGUCUUCACCAUCGGCCCUCGUGUCGAUGACCCCGACAGCCUCAUGAAGUACGCCAAGCUCAUCUCCCCCCACGACAAGCUCUCCAACCACGUCAAGGAGCUCGUUCAGGGCGUCAUCGAGGGGGAGACACGAGUCCUCGCUGCCUCCAUGACCAUGGAGGAGAUCUUCAGAGGCACCAAGUCCUUCAAGCAAGAAGUGUUCGAGAAAGUCCAGCUGGAGCUCAACCAGUUUGGGCUCUUGAUCUAUAAUGCCAACGUCAAGCAAUUGGUGGACGUGAGAGGCCACGAGUAUUUUAGCUACCUCGGGCAGAAGACGCAGCAGGAGGCGGCGAACCAGGCGAAGGUGGACGUGGCGGAGGCGAGGAUGAAGGGGGAGAUCGGAGCGAAGCAGAGGGAGGGGAGGACGCUGCAGAACGCGGCGAAGAUCGAUGCGGAGACGAGGGUGUAUUCGAAGCAGAGGGAGGGGGAGGGAAGGAAGGAGGAGGUGCGGGUGCGGACGGAGGUGAAGAUUUUUGAAAACAAUAGGGAGGCCGAGGUGGCGGAGGCGGAUGCGGAGUUGGCCAAGAGGAAGGCAGAGUGGGCGAGGGGAGCGCGGGUGGCGGAGGUGGAGGCGGAGAAGGCGGUGGCGAUACGAGAGGCGGAGCUGCAGAUGGAGGUGGAACGGAGGAACGCGAUGCGGGAGACCGAAAAGCUCAAGGCAGAGAAACUCAGCCAUGCCGUAGUUGAUUACGAGAUGAAGGUCCAAGAGGCAAACUGGGAGCUCUAUAAGAAACAGAAAGAAGCUGAAGCCCAGUUGUAUGAGCAAGAGAGGGCAGCUGAAGCUCGUAAGGCCGCAGCAGAAGCUGCAUUUUUUGCUCGCCGGCAGGAGGCUGAGGGGGAGCUCUAUGCAAAGAAAAAGGAGGCCGAAGGCUUGAUCACACUCGCAGAAGCCCAGGGCAUUUACCUGCGCACAUUGUUAGACGCCUUGGGAGGGAAUUAUGCUGCUUUAAGGGACUAUCUGAUGAUCAAUGGUGGAAUGUACCAGGAAAUUGCCAAAACCAAUGCUGAUGCUGUGCGUGGUCUGCAGCCAAAGAUCAGUAUAUGGACAAACGAUAAAGAGGCAUCUGAUGGAGGGGCGAUGAAGGAGGUGGCAGGGGUGUAUCGUAUGCUACCACCAUUGUUCAAGACAGUGCAGGAACAGACUGGAAUGGUGCCGCCAGCAUGGAUGGGCAACCUUACCACUGACACAUCUACUAAAUUGUGAAAUUAAUCCACAAAUAUAUAUGUAGGGGAUUGUUCAGAAUCAAAUUCCUAGUUGAGGAGCAGAUUGUCAUAAAAUUCUACUGAUAUUGUUCAUUCCACAUGCCCCGUAUGGUUUACCGCCCUGGAAGAUUUCUGUUGCUCUUACUUCUCAGUAAAGGCUGCUAUUAUCCAACCUCAGGGAAACAGUUACUACCAUGGACUGCCAAGCUUUUCUGGCUGCCUUUAUCUCAGUAUCCACCUUAUCAGGUUUUUGCAGUUUUCAAGGGAUAUUCUGGCAAUUUCGGAUUUCUCCUGCUGGACUGCAGAAUUUCAGAAUGUGAAAAUGAGGUUGCUUCCAAGCAAGAUGACUGCUGACUUGCUAAUAUUGGUGCUUAUCAGUGAAGAUCU